GAGUCAACUAAACUUUUUUUUUUUAAGUCGUCUCUUUUUCUUUUGUUGCUUCUCUGUUCAUUUAGACUAAAGCUGUUAAGAAAUUACUAUAAUUAGUAAACUGUAAACCACCAUUUAAAAGCUUUGAAUUCUCUCAACAAACAGAACAGUUCAAAUCUGUUUCUUCCUCUGUUUGUUUUCAUUUCUUCCCUUUUCAUUCGGUCUCCUUGUUUCUUCCUCUUCUGAGACUAAAAGUCUUUAUACGUUUGCUUGAGAAACAAGUUUCACACGUAUUACUACUUUCUCUCAGGUGUACAAGAAAAGAAAAGGAUGGCUGCAAGAAGAGUAAAAGGAAGAGAGAGUAAAGGGAUGACAGCCAUAGCCAUUGAUAAAGACAAGAACAGCCAACACGCUUUGAAGUGGGCUAUUGAGAAUAUUAUCAUCGAUUCUCCAAACUGCAUCCUUCUCCAUGUUCAAACCAAACUGAGAAUUGGUGUAGGAGAGAACAACACAGAACAAGACAACGACGAAGAGGCGCAUCAGUUCUUCCUUCCCUUCAGAGGAUUCUGCGCUAGAAAAGGAAUUAUAGCAAAGGAGGUUCUGCUUCACGAUAUUGACAUCGCAAGUGCAAUUGUUGACUACAUCAACAACAACUCCAUUGCAAAUAUAGUCCUUGGAGCCACUGCCCGAAACUCCUUCCUCAAGAAGUUUAAGACCGUAGAUGUGCCAGGGACUCUGCUUAAAACAACUCCAGAUACAUGUGCUGUCUUUGUUGUGUCUAAAGGAAAGCUAUUAACAAGCAGAUCAGCGAGUAGGUCUCAUACACCUCAACACUCUCCCCAGGCUCCAAAACCAUCCACACACUCUGCUAUAUCCGAUCCUGGCCCGACAAGCCUUACUUCCAAUGAUUCCGGAAGGUCAUCUCCUGCAUUAAACGGAGGUUUUUCUCAACCUACACCUCAUCACAAUCCAUCUCAUUUUAGGAGUUCUCCCUCAAGGUUUAGCAAUGAACUCUCUCCCAGCAAUCACAGUGGUGAGUCAAGUGAGAGUUUCUACAGCAUCCUAGGACGAUCCACCUAUGGAGGAAGCUCCCACUCUUCUACUUCCAUGUCUGAGUUAGCAGAUGGAGAGGAACGCUUUUCUGGGGGCAAAUAUAUCACUGAACAGAAUCAAAACCUUGAAGAAGAGGUGAGAAGAUUGAGACUCGAAUUGCAACAGUACAAUGUGUCCACGGGCAGAGAAAGUGCCCCUCAUCUUCAAGGACCUAGUGCUGCCGCCGAUUCUGUAAAGCUUGAGGAAGCAAAGGCAGCAAGAGAUAAGCUUAGGGCAUUGUCUGAGAUGGAUAAGCAGAAGAAAACACAGAGUGAGAUCCAAGCUGUUGAAAUGGCACACCGUCUUGCGGAGAUGGAGUUGCAGAAGGGAAGACUUGCGGAGAUGCAGGCCAGGUUCAAGGAACAAGAUAUGGCCAGUAACGUGUCUUACAGACGAUACAGCAUCAAAGAUGUGGAAAGUGCAACCGACGGUUUCUCAGAUGCUCUAAAGAUUGGGGAAGGAGGGUAUGGACCUGUGUAUAAAGCCGUCCUCGAGAACACUUCUGUUGCUAUCAAAAUCUUGAAGUCGGAUAUCUCACAAGGCCUGAAGCAGUUUCAACAAGAGAUCGAGGUUCUAAGUUGCAUGAGGCACCCUAACAUGGUGAUCCUGCUCGGUGCUUGCCCUGAGUAUGGUUGCCUUGUGUAUGAGUAUAUGGAAAACGGAACACUAGAAGAUCGUCUCUUCUGCAAAGACAACACUCUACCGCUAACUUGGAGAGAACGGUUUAGAAUCUCUGCUGAGAUUGCCACAGGGCUUCUUUUCCUCCACCAGGCCAAACCUGAGCCGCUAGUACACAGAGAUCUGAAGCCAGCAAACAUACUGCUGGACAGACAUUUGAAUAGCAAAAUCAGUGACGUUGGCUUAGCUCGGUUGGUACCUCCCGCUGUUACUGAUAGCUUCACCAAUUAUCACAUGACAGCUGCAGCCGGUACGUUCUGUUACAUUGACCCUGAGUACCAGCAAACGGGAAUGCUUGGAGUGAAGUCUGACUUGUACUCAUUCGGUGUGGUGCUUCUGCAAAUCCUCACGGCUAUGCCAGCGAUGGGAUUAAGUCACAGAGUAGAGAAAGCGCUUGAGAGAAAGAGACUCAGAGAAGUUUUGGAUCCCAAAAUAUCAGACUGGCCUGAAGAGGAGACUCAGGUGCUAGCAAAAUUGGCUUUACAGUGCUGUGAGCUGCGGAAAAGGGACAGACCUGAUCUUGCUACCGUUCUGUUGCCUGCACUGAGCAAGCUAAGGGAGAUUGCAACAGAGGACCAUGACGACGACAGAAUAUUCUCUGUGCCACGUGCUCACAGUUCGGUGGUUCAUGACGAAGAUGACUCCGAUAGAAUAUUGUCAGUGCCACGUGCUCACAACUCGGUUCCCCGUUCCCCAAUAUCUUCCUCUCAGAGGAUGAUGCAUUGAAAAAAUAUCCUGUUGAUGAUCUUGCUCAAGUGUGAGCAUCCAAUGCCAUCCCCAUACUCUACCAGAAGAAGGCGUCAGGACAAUGAGAAACUUUGAGCAAGAAUCUUAAAAAAAAACUUCGUGCUACACCCAAAAGUUCAUCAUUGAUGUCGGACAUUCUAUCUUUUGUAUCCUAAUUAAACACUUCAAUUUUUUUCGGUCUCAUGAAAACAAACACUUUGAUUAUGGAAGAGCUGUCUAGUCCUUGUUGAAUCAAGUCACCUAA